AAGGCCCAAAAAGCUUGCUUAUGGAUUUAAGCCCUGCGAUUCAGCCGUCUCUCUGCCCUCUACUCUCUCGCUCUCUCCAGUCUCCACUCAGCUCCACCGGCGGCUGCUCCGUUUCCCUUCGGAUUUCCUAACCAAACCAAACAUCAGAACGAUUUUAGGUUUUGAUUUCGAGUGACGCCUCACUGUUCUUUCAAUUUAAUGGCUCAGCAACUCAAAACCCUACCGGAUGCAAGUAGGGAUUUAAUAAGUGAGCUGCCCGUAGAGGUAAAGGACAGAAUUUUGGAGUGUUUGCCCACCCGAGACGCCGCCAAAACUGCUCUGCUCUCAAGGCACUGGAAUCAUGUUUGGUUGCAGCAUGGGCGGCUUGCAUUGGAUGAGGAAUUCGUGCAAAAUUUCGAACAGUCACAAGAUGAUGAAGCUAGAACCCUCGUCAACAUAAUCAAUAAUAUCCUCUUUUCCCGUGCUGGACCUGUUAGGAAAUUUACGCUAGAGAUAAACGCUCAAUGUUAUCCUUCUCCGUUGCCGCAGCAAUAUGAUAUUGAUAAGUGGUGUCUUUUUCUGUCAAGAAAUGGUGUGGAGGAACUUAACUUAUCUUUAUUAUGUGAUGUAGAGCCAGAUUAUAAGCUGCCAUUUUGUUUACUCUCUUGCAGGACAAUUAAGAAACUGAUAGUCCAAGGUCCCUUUUGUUAUUUGCCUGUAAAUGAUUGUGGUAUAUUUUCCAAUGUCACUUCAUUAGCUUUCUUCAAUGUUGUAUUUAACCGCAGUGUUAAUGGAAUUGCCUCUAGUAUUAGUAUUCCUAAGCUUGAAAAGCUGGCUCUCGACUAUUGUGGAGGGAUCAAUAAAUUUAAGAUCAGCCCUCCAAAGCUUGAAAUCUUUUCUGUUAUUUGUCCUAUUGAUGAUGACUUUGAUUCGAGAUGGUUGGCACCGCAUUUGAAAGCCAUUAAGACUCUUUGGUUGUGUGGCUAUUCGUUGUCGUCUAUGCAUGAAUCUAUGUUUCCAACUGCAAUAAAUCUGCGAGUGCUGAAGUUAUAUGAAUUAGAUUUUAGUUGUCAGAAGCAGCUCAUCGUUUCUAUGCAAUUGCUUCAAAAAUGCCCCAACCUAUGUGAACUAUGGAUUAUGGCGGAUGAGUUCAAUAGGAAGGAUGACCAAGAAGGUGCUUCAAGGCUUUUGGAGGAUCAAAACGGUUGCUUAUUUAUUCAAGAGCUGCAGAUGCUUAACACAAUUAAGAUAGAAGCAUUCAGUGAUCAACCCGCACUCGAAAUGCUUUUUGUGAAAACGCUGCUCUCAAAAUCCCCUGGGCUAGAGAGAGUUGUUAUUGUGGAGUCUUUGCGUAAGAAUGCCUCCGAGGUGGUGAGAAAAAUCCAAGGGAAGUUGGAAUGCUUCCCUCGUGCAUCUCCAAACGCACAAAUUGUUUGCACUAGCAAUGACUAUGCACGUAUGAGUGAGGACUGGAUGGAUACCCAUGGUGUUAGCCUUGAUUAAUGAUGUAACCAUCCAGAUCCUCCAAAAGUCUUGAAGCAGCUUCUAUGUAUUUGAAAAUAAAGUGAUCAUUCUUGAAUUUGACUCUACUGCUUGCUUGCAGAUUCAAAAAUCCCGGCCUACAAAAUGAUGCUUACUAAAGAACAUAGGAUCCAAGGUAUCAUUAUAUGUCUUUGGCUCAGAAUUAGAGGAGAUGCAGCUAUGAAUGCUCUAUGGCGGUAAAGAGUGUGAAGAAGACUUGUCAUGUAUCACAGAAUCACAGUAUUAAUCUAACAGGAAUAUACCUUUGUCUUGUAGAUCUUCUAGGUUGAAUAUUAUGAAAUUCAUUUUUGAGUUUCAUCUGGCAAACCACUCUCUGUUGCUGAAUUUUGUGGUGUAAGUGAAGGUGCAGAUAAUGAAACACCUAAAGUGGAAUGACCAUCAGUGGCUAUAUCACACUAAAUUAUCACCAGGUUAUAAUCAUCUGAAAAGGAUAUCACUGGUAGAGAGGGAUUAGCCUUUUAGGACUUUACUAUGGUGAAUCUCCGAUCCAUAGGUUCAGUCCGUAAUCUUUGUAUGCAACAUAGAAAAGUAGUAAUUUGAUUAAAAGUAUAUAUGCUCUGCCACUGUAUGACCAAUGCUUAUUUUAUUUGUUUAAAUAUAUCUUCAUUGUUUUCACAUUCACAAGGCCAGGUGACAAUCAAAUUGGUCCCUCAGCUCCUUCAAGCAAAUCAAGCAUGCAUCUUUAAUAUGAGCCCACAACUGUGUAAUUGGUUCUUCCAACACUUGUAAGGGGUCUUCCGAAUAUGAAGAUGUUUAACACAAUCAAGAUUGAAUCAUUUAGUGGAUCAGGUACUUUUUGUGAAGAUGUUGCUCUCAAAAUAUGCCGCAUGCAAAAGAUGUAGCUAAAUGAGAUGUGAAAGCAAUCCUUGUGUGGGCCUUGAAAAAUGAUUUUAUUUCUAUUUUAUUUCCGCAUGCAAAAGAAAUUGAGUUGUUGUAUCAUGGAUCAGGGUCCAUCUUGCAAUGUAGACCCUGGUCCUAAACGACGUAUAACUUGUAUAUUUUUAGUAUUAGAAUUGUGAACUUCUAGAAUAUAAAUUGUGUUUCUAAGUCAAAACACAUUUUGUAUAAUCUCUCAUUAAAUGGCGUUGAGGAACUAAAAAUCUCUCAUGAUGCUCAGUUGGAACGUCAUUAUAAGCUGCCAUUUUGUAUAGUCUUGUGCCCGACAAUCAAGCAGCUGAGACUCGACCGUUUGGCUUUUGAUUGCCAAUAAAUGCUCCUUCUAAUUUUCCCUAUUUCAGUUCAUUAGCUUUCUUUGUGUUGUUUUUAAUGAUAAUGCUAAUGGAAUUGUGUCUACACUUCCUAAUCUUGAGAAGCUGGAUUUCAAUCACUGUCAAGGGAUCAGUAAUUUUAAGAUCAACGCUCCAAAACUUGAAAGCUUGUCUAUUACUGGUCAUGGGGUUGAAUCCAGAUGGAUUGGACUUCAUUUGAAAGCCAUUAAGGUUCUUUGCCUGGAUGCCAGCUUCUUGUUGUAAUAAGUGGGAAGAAGAUGUUGAAGUAGCCUCUUUCCCAACUGCAAUAAAUCUGCAAGUAAUCAAACUGCAUCCUUUUGACUUUGCCAAUGAAAAGCAGCUCAGGGGUGUUUUGCAGUUGCUUCAAAAAUCUCCCAACCUAUGUGAACUGGACAUUAAAGCAACAUGUUCAGAUGAUGAUAUAGGAGCUCCUUCAAGACUUUUGAAGGAUCCAGACAGUUGCAUUAUUAAUUAGGAUCUAAAAAUGCUUAAAACAAUCAAGAUUAAACAGUUUUGUGGAUGCACAAUUGAAAUGCUUUUUGUGAAAAUGUUGCUAUCUACAAUAUUAGUUUGAGAGAAUUUUGAGAUUUUUCAUAACUUUUCUUCCCCUUAUUGAAUUAUCUCGUUGCAACCUGAGUAAUUUUUUUAACAAGUUUCAUCUAAGUUGCUUAUAUAAGGUGAUUAAAAAUAUGUAGGAUAGUGCAUCUUAAUCUUAUACACGCCUGGAGUGUUUUGAUUCUUUGUUUUCUCUAACAUGUUUCUCAUUCUUGUUGAGUUAUAGUUGGGUAGGUGGUUUGACAAAGAUGACAAAAGUGCUGCUUCAAGAGUUAUGAAGGAUUCUUGCUUGAAGAUGUUUAAGAAUAUAAUCCAGAUUCAAUGGCUUAGCUUAUCCAUAGUGGAAAUAUAUUUUUUGAAAUUAGCACUGGUCUCUAUCCCAAAUCUUUGAACUUCCUCACCAAGUCAUAUAGAUAAUCUUGAUUAUAUUUUCCAAUAAAUGCUAUUAGUGUAUUUCCUGGUGUCA